AUGUCGAACAUAUUUUAUGCCUGUUUCUUCAUUACCUUCUUCAGAGUUAGCCUGUGUGACAGAAGAAUAACAAACGGAAAAGUCGUCGAGAAUGGGAAAAACUAUAUGGUUUAUCUACUCAAUUCGCAAUACUCACAAAAUCAACCAGACUCAUGGCUAUGUGGAGGGGUCAUAAUCUCACCAACACAAGUCCUGACGGCGGCAGCGUGUUUGACUGAAGUAACUCACAUUUAUGUGAUCGCUGGAUACAAGAAAUACGUCAGUGGGAACAAUAUUGAUAAAGACGAGUGCACUCGUACGAGAAAACAAAAAAUUGUGAAGAUUAUUGUUUAUAAAGAUUACAACGCAACAUUAUGGAUCAAAUUCGACAUUGGAAUAGGAAUAGUUGAGAAACCUUAUAAUUUCCUUGAUACAAGUUACCGCACUGUAUGCUCUUAUGAACCUGAAGCUAUAUCAAUCAACUACGAUAUUAAAAUAGAGACAGCCAAUUCAUUUGGCUUAGUUCUCGGUUGGGGUGCGGCUAGGCCAAAAGGACCAGAUGUAAACAACGAUACCAAUUCUGUAUACUUAAAGGAAGCAUACACAGUUUUGACGAACAAAUCGUUUUGCCGGAAUCAAAUUCCAGCAUCGUUGGAAUAUUACUUUUUGUGUACACAAAAAUUACCUGAGCGACCUAAGGAACGGACCGGGAGCGUCGGUGUAACUACACAAACUUCAAUAACUCCUGAUAAAUGUGAUUAUACUAAUUUCAAUAUGAGUCUUGCUAUUCCAAAAGAGUGUUUAGAAAUACCUGAAGUAUUGUUCAAUCGAAAAGCAAACGAAUACCAGGUUCCUGAAGUAAAUACGUCUAUUGGAGGAAAGAUGAAUGAUAGUACUUUGAAUAAUGUGAAAGAAAAUCAAACGGUUAAUAAUAAAAAUGAAAUACAGGUGUCGCAGUUGGGAGGAAUAUGUCAGAACGAUCACGGUGGACCUUUGAUAACCACAGCAGGAAAUAAAGAAAUUGUAAUGGGUAUUGCACUAAACAGCGUUUAUAACAAAGCAUAUCAAUGUAUGGGGCCAUACUUGUUUCUGAGCACAGCCCGAUCUAGUGUACUAUUGAAGUGUUUAUUGUCUUCUAAUGAAGAAACACGCCGAGUAUGUAAAUCUAUGAAGUACGACAUCAAAGAAUAUGAUGUUAUUUGGCCAGAUGCUAAUGUUUAA